AUGAGCAACAACGUCGACGUGUUGAAGCCCGAAGCCGAAGUCGAGGAGUACAUCGAUGAAGGCCGAUUGGCCGCCGUGGCGGAUUUCGAAGCGAAAGAGGCCAAACUCAGACGCAAACUCGACCUGUACAUCGCGCCCGUCAUGAUGAUGCUCAUGCUCAUUUCUUAUCUUGAUCGCGGCAACAUCGGUUUCGCCGCGACUCAAGGCAUGUCCAAGGACAUUGGCCUCAAAGGCAAUCAACUCAAUGCCGCCGUCUCAAUCUUCUACGCUACAUAUGUGUUGGCCGAAAUGCCUGCGUCGUUGGCCGUCAAACGACUGAAAUUCCACCGUGUCAUCCCCGCCAUCACAUUCUGCUGGGGCUUGGUGUGCAUGAGUUGUGGAUUUGUGCAAAACUUUCCCGGCCUUGUCGUGACCAGACUGCUGCUCGGGUGGUUUGAAGGGUGCCUGUUCCCCGCUAUGACUUUACUGCUUGCCAACUGGUACCGACGAGAAGAAUUGGCUCAGAGAGUGUCCUACCUUUUUAUCGCUUCAGCUCUAUCCGGCGCAUUCGGCGGCCUCAUCGCCUUUGGCAUUCUCUACAUGGACGGCGUUGCAGGCUACCCAGGCUGGCGCUGGCUGUACAUCCUCGAAGGUCUUCUAACCCUAGUCUGGGCCGUAGCCUGUAUCUUCCUAGUCCCCUCAUCCUACAAGACAGCCUACUUCCUCAACGACGAAGACAAAAAGAUCAUGGCCAUCCGCGAAUCCCUCAGUGAGUCCUACUCAGGCGGCGACGGGCACUACAAGAUCAAAGACCUCAAACUCGCAUGGGGAGACGCAAAGACCUGGCUCCACGGCAUCUCCCAAAUCGGCGUCGUAACCAUCCUUUAUGGUUUCGGCACCUUCCUCCCUGUCAUCCUGAAGUACGGAUUUCACUAUACAACCAAGCAAGCUCAGUACCUCGUCAUCCCCGUCAACCUAUGGGGCGCGAUCGUGUAUGCCAUCGGCGCCGUGAUUUCGGACCGAUACAACAAACGUUUCUGGAUCAUGGCGGUGUGCGCGCCCGUCGGAAUCGCAGGUUAUGCGAUUCUCCUGUCUGAUGUCCCCGUCGGUGUGCAGUACUUUGCCACGUAUCUCAUUGCGACAGCCUGCUUUUUGUGCACAGGUGGCAACAUCGCGUGGUUAUCCGGCAACGUGGCACCCGAUGGCAAGAGGGCGGCUAGUCUGGGAACUCAACUCACACUGACAAACCUGGGAGGAAUCAUUUCUGGGCAGAUCUACGCUUCGACCGACGCCCCGCACUUUACUCUCGGUCAUGCAUGGUCGCUUGGCAGUCUGGGAUUCUCGUGGACCAUCUUCUGGAUCAUCAGAGCCUUGUACAAGAAGAGAGAGGCGGGCAAGGAAAAGGCACGCGCGGAGGGAGUGGUUGUGCCACCCGAGGAGUUUACCGACCGCUCGCCUACCUUCAAGUACCAGAUGUAG